GAGGAGACGGGAGCGAAGACGGGCCGCGCCGGGGAGAGCAGGAGGGCGAAAAUGAAAGCAGGCUGUAGCAUCGUGGAAAAGCCAGAAGGAGGUGGAGGGUAUCAGUUCCCUGACUGGGCCUAUAAAACCGAGUCCUCCCCGGGCUCCCGGCAGAUCCAGCUGUGGCACUUCAUCCUGGAACUGCUGCAGAAGGAAGAGUUCCGCCAUGUCAUUGCCUGGCAGCAGGGAGAAUACGGGGAGUUUGUCAUCAAGGAUCCUGACGAGGUGGCCCGCCUCUGGGGCCGCAGGAAGUGCAAACCCCAGAUGAACUACGACAAGCUGAGCCGGGCCCUCAGAUACUAUUACAACAAGAGGAUCCUUCAUAAAACAAAAGGGAAAAGGUUUACUUAUAAAUUUAACUUCAACAAGCUGGUGAUGCCCAACUACCCAUUCAUCAACAUUCGGUCAAGUGGUGUGGUUCCCCAGAGUGCGCCACCAGUGCCGACCGCCUCUUCCCGGUUCCAUUUCCCACCGCUGGACACGCAUUCUCCCACGAGUGCCGUGCGGCCGGGGCGGUUCUCUGCCGGCUCCCUCACUGCUUCUGGCCAGGAGUCGGCCAGUGGCGCCGACAGAAAGGCAGAGCUUCCGGAGCUGGAGGAUGGCUCAGCCGCCGACUGGCGCCGGGGCGUGGAUCUCCUGUCCUCCUCUUCCCGGAGUGCCGUCGGUGGAGGGCUUGGCCAUCAGAAACGCAAGCCUGACAUAAUGCUUCCCCUGUUCACCAGGCCAGGGAUGUACCCUGACCCCCACAGUCCCUUCGCUGUCUCUCCGCUCCCUGGCCGCGGAGGUGUUCUGAACGUCCCCAUCUCCCCAGCCCUCUCCCUGACUCCCACCAUCUUCUCCUACAGCCCGUCCCCAGGCCUGAGCCCCUUCACCAGCAGCAGCUGCUUCUCCUUCAACCCCGAGGAAAUGAAACACUACCUUCAUUCUCAAGCCUGCUCUGUGUUCAACUACCAUCUGAGUCCCCGGACCUUUCCCCGUUACCCAGGACUCAUGGUCCCGCCACUGCAGUGCCAAAUGCAUCCCGAGGAGUCGGCCCAGUUCUCCAUCAAGCUGCAGCCACCGCCAGCUGGGCGGAAGAACCGGGAGAGGGUGGAGAGCAGUGAGGAGUCAGCCCCCAUCACCGCUCCCGCCAUGGCUCCCGUCCCCCCAAGAAUUAAGGUGGAGCCAGCCUCUGACAAGGAUCCCGAGAGUCUCCGGCAGUUGGUGCGAGAGGAGGAGCGCUCCCAUGAGGAGGGCACUGUGCCAAGCAGGACCAUAGAGGAGGAAAAAGGCACCAUCUUUGCCCGCCCGGCCGCACCAGUCUGGCCCUCUGUCCCCGUUAGCAGCCCAAGUGAAGAACCCCUAGAGGUGACUGAAGACAGUGAGGACAGGCCUGGCAAAGAGCCCAGCGCGCCCGAGAAGAAAGAAGAUGCCCUGAUGCCCCCCAAGCUCCGGUUGAAGCGGCGCUGGAACGAUGACCCUGAAGCCCGAGAGCUGAGUAAGAACGGGAAGUGCCUCUGGAGUGGGUCUGGACCCCGGGGCUUGGCCACAGCCGCUGCCGACGCCUAGGACUGGAGGUGGAUUGGGAGCUGUUUAUACUAUAAUCACAUGCAGACGUGUAUUUAUGUAGCGAGGUUUCAGGGUUGGGGGGAGGGGAGGGAAUUAGACUGGUUUGAUCAUUCUAGGGGCAUAAAUGUCUUUUUAUGUUUGGGGGAUGGGAUGGGUAUCUUCUGUUGUAAAUUAGGUGGGACGUGAACACUUUUUUCCUGGUGAGUAGCACGCGGGAAGGGUAAUGAACUGAAAGGAGGAAGAGCCUCUGCUUCCUGGGGAGGCUCACACUUUCUGACAAACUCCCAGGGGGCCAAGGUGCCCUUGGUCCCAUUAUAGUUCAGGUUCCAGACUUCUUUCUUUUCUAUUGUAUUUAUAUAUGAAAAGCCAUUAAUGAAUUUCUUUUGCUCGGAGAGGGAGGGAGAAGGGAGUAGGGCGUGGUGGGGAGGCUGAGCAGUGAGAGACCAUUUUACCAAGUGUGUUUCCUGAAAUGUUUCUGUGUAGUUCCUUUGGGGGAGGAGUAAGGUAAUCUCAGUCUUACUGGGACAGGGGGAUGUUCGGAUGUUGCUUUUCUUCUUUCUUCCUUUGUCGUUUGGCAGUUUUUCCUUUCCUUUUUAAAAAACCGGCUGCAGGAAGCGGGAGCCGUGGCACCAGUCCCGGGGCUGGGAGGGCCCGGCGGGGCGGCCGGGCGGCGGGUCGGCGGGACUCGCGCUGCGGGCUCCUUGGACUCGCCCCUCCUCCACCUGCUAAGAAGCCAUGAGGACUCGUAAGCUCUCGUUCAGGGAAGACAGAAGAGGGCAUGAGGAAGUAACCCGAUGCCUUUAAAAACAAAACAAACACAAAAAUGAUCUUCAUUUGUCUUUUACCAUCGUGGGUUUGGGGAGCCAGACUGCAGAGUGACUGCGAGUGAGUCCGCCGAGCAGCCCGGCCCUGGAGAUGGCUGCGACGUGUCUGGGUCUCUGAUCGUCUCCUAAGUGAAGCCUUAACAAUGAACAUACUUUCAUCACGUGGUACGGGUCUGUCAGCAUAAACCUGUAAAAGGGACGGACAACUCUUCAGACAACCCAGGAAUGUGGAAACAUGGUUACAUGUCGAGCUGGUGUUUAGUGGUCCCCUCUUGACUUUCUGGGGCCGGGGAACAGAAAGGCGGGAUUGUGGGAGCUCAGGGCCAAUGAAGCCCGGAAGUGCAGAAGGUAGCUGGGGUGCAGUGGGUGCUUGUGGAGGCUGAAGGCGGAGGUGGACAGAGACACAGAAGGAGGCUAGAUGCCAGAGCCCGGGAGGAACGAGGGAGUCGGUGUCUGUCCCGUUGUGUCAUUCCUGCCAUACCCACUUCCCUAGAUUGUUCUCGUUCUCUCGAUCAACUGACCAUCCCACAGGAGACUCCGGUUUACAGGUAGAAGCUAUUUCUCCGAGGGAAAGCCCCUCAGCACAAAGGAACAGGAAAGUGUCACUCUGGCAUGAAGCAGAAGGGGCCUGACUUUGGGGGGGGUGGUGCAGAGAGAAGCCACAGCCACCCACGUGUGCGUGCUCGUAACCGCGCGCUGUGGCCAACAGAGGAGAUGCUGAAGUGGCUCAAGUCUGCCUGGCCUCGAGGCAGGGAGAGAGGAGAGGGCUCUAGAGCCAGUGGAGGUGAGAAGUGGGCACAGGGGCGCCGUCUAGGAAUUGGAGGAAUCCCCGACUCCACCUUAGCCUCAGUGAACUCUGUACACUGAGAAGCAUUCGAGGGGUGUCUUUUAAUGGGGGCUGGGGGGAUCUUUUUGAAAGGAGUGCAUGCAUGAGAGAUGGGAAAGGGUCAGAGCAGGUGAGUGGGUUGAUAGGUGGCUUGGGAUGACUUGAGUCCAUCGUGCUGUUGUCUGGCAAGUGUCCACCUCCUCGUUCAGUUCAGAUUCCAAAUAGUGACUUGUCCUUCCCUAGGGAAGGGAUCUGGAGUGCGGUCUCUGUCAACUCGGGCUUUGGUCGGGCUGUGAAGGGCUCCCUGUUCAGGCUCCUUUUGGUUUCUCGUCCAUUUCUCUCUCUGCAUCUCUUACCUCGGAUCAGAAAGCAAGCCCGGGCAGGUGCAGGAUGGCUCUCUGCUUGGCGUUGCUCAAUCUAACCAGGGAGGCUGGCUGGCCCCCCCUCUGUCCAUGAGAGCAGAGGGCCGGCACGUGUCGGUAUGAACUCAGGAAUAGAAACUCGAGGCCUUUAAAAUACGAGGGAGAGAUCCGUGAUGCAUACCUGGAACCCCCUGGAACCCAAGUGCCAGAAUUUCUAGAUGCUGCUUCUGUUUGAACAAAAAGUCACUGCUUUUAACUUGAAAAAACACACUCGAAAAAUGUUCAACUCCAUGAAAAAUGUUUUUUGGCUUUAAGAAAUUGUUUGGUGUUUUACUGUUUCCUUUGCCAUUCCGCCGGGAAAUCAUUGGUUGAUUUGCACUGCACACUGGGGCUGGGGCAGGGUGUGGGGAUCCUUACACAGAGCCAAACUUGGGCUUGCUCAGGAAGGGGACCAGGAAUGUGGAAGUCGUUGACAUUUCCUGGGGUAAAGGGGUGGGGGGUACUUUCUCACCCCCCGACCCCCUCCUGGCAGCACCUGUCGCCAGCCCAGCACAAAACCAGGCCUCUCUUGUGAGUUUCAUCACUGGCAGCAGGUGGGGAAAAGGGGGACAAAACCAAGCCUGUUUUCUCCCCCAUUUUUUCCAGAUUUCGCUGUGCCAAACAUUUAAAACUUUGCAAAUACAAAUCUUGAAAUCUCAUUAAGAACUUGUUCAUGCAAACAGUUUGCUUUUUUGACUAUAGAAAAAACAGAUCUCUUGAGCAUCCAGCAUUGCUGAUGAGCUCUUUUGUUUUAAGGACAGCUAGGAGUGUCCUGUAAGCGACGCCCCAGGUACCUUCACCCCAGUCUUCAGGCUGCACUGCAUUAAACCAGCUCGCUAGCUAACGCAGGGAAAUACUGCACCCUAGUCCUCCAUGGGCCAAGAAACUUUCAGAAGCAUUAAAAAACAUAGUUGAAGUACAUCACUUCUCACCAAGCGGGUAGUCAGUUGGCUGUUUGUCCCUUGUUUUUUAUUUAUUCCAUAAUUAUGUUUGUACUUUUUGUUUUGUAAAGGGUAAUGGAACAUUUUAAUUUUGCUUAAAAAAAUUUUUUGAUCCAAUCUUUCAAGAACUGUUCUAUUUUCACUUUGGGGGGUGGGGGGAGUUACCAGUUAGUUUGUUUUGAAAUAUCUGGGCGUUCUUUGAGUUAUAAAAUGUGAGGCAGGGAUUUGUGAGUGAGACAUUCACAUGUGAAAGGUGACUUCACUAGUUACCCACUUCAGCAGAGUAAAGUGUGUAUAUGUACAUAGAUGUAAGUAAUCGAUUCCAUUGUGCAGUGCCUUUUAGAUGUUCCACUUUCUAUAAAGUCUUCAGAUUUUUGCAUAUAUAUUAUAUAUAUAUAUGAUGUAAUGUUAUAGAAAUAUAUGUAUAAUAUACAUAUUUUUUCCAGGGGUAUCUGAUAGCUCUGUAUUUUGUUAUGGAAGUUGAAAGAAAAAAGUAUUUUACCUCAGAAAUUAAAGUUAAAUAAAAAAAAUACU